CGUGAAAUAGAUUUUCUUCUGGUCGUGCGCGAACGGUAUUUAGUCUCUUCUUAAAAAAGUCACGUGAUAACGGCCUGUUCGUUUUCAGGAAACAAAAAACAUCUCAUUUUACGUUGUUCAAAAGAUUCAAACACGAAAAAAAUAUUUCAAAAUAAAGGAUGUCUGGCUCUAAAGUUUAUGUUGGAAGAUUAGCAAGCGACACAAGAGAAAAAGAUGUCGAGAGAUUCUUCAAGGGUUAUGGAAGACUUCGGGAUGUUUCAAUGAAAAACGGAUAUGGUUUUGUGGAAUUUGAUGACCCUAGGGAUGCUGAUGAUGCUGUCUAUGAACUUAAUGGAAAGGAACUUCUUGGUGAAAGGUUAAUCAUUGAGCAUGCGCGUGCAUCUCGAGGACGUGGUGGCGGUGGUGGAUUCAGAGGUGGUGGAGGUGGAAGAUUCGGGGGCGGUGGUGGUUACGGUGGGGGAGGGUAUGGGGGUGGUGGUGGUAGAUAUGGUGGGGCGGCGGCGGUGGCAGAGACCGGUAUGGUGGUGGUGGUGGACGCGACGGAUACCGCAGUGAUAGAGGAGGAGGAAGAAGAGGGAGGUCAUAUGGCGAUUUCUCAGCUUUACUGUGGAAGGAAGACCUCAGGUGCCCCUCUAUAUGGUCCACCACAGAGAACAGACUAUAGAUUGAGAGUAGAAAAUCUGUCAUCACGUGCCAGUUGGCAGGAUCUGAAAGAUCAUAUGAGGACUGCGGGUGUUGAAGUUUCGUUUGCCGACGCUCACAAGCAAAGAACCGGUGAAGGUGUCGUGGAUUGUGCUACAGAAUCGGACAUGCUCCGAGCCCUGGAGAAACUCGACGGUAUGGACAUUAAUGGUAAAAAGAUCAGACUGGUGGAAGAGAGAGGUGGUAGCAGCAGUGGAGGCGGAGGACGUGACCGAGGCCGAAGAAGUCGCUCCAGGAGCAGGAGUCGUUCAGACAGUCGAUCUAGGUCAAGGUCAAGAUCCAAGAGUAGGUCAAGGUCGAGCUCCCCGCCACAGGAACGCUCACGUAGAAGAUCUGGCGACGAGCCGGAAGAUGAUUGACAAAUUAAAUGUUAACUCUACAAAAUACAAUGUUUUUAUAAUGUGUUUAGUUAUGACGAAUAUAGAUAAAAGAUGGACCAAUCUUAUUUGUAAGGCUUGUAAUUCUAUUGUUUUUGUGCAUAAUAAACUAAUUUUGGUAUGAACUAAUAAUUUCUUAGAAAUUCUCCUGUAAUUUUUCUAGAUUGUAAGGUCCAUGUACGAGACAGUAUGUUAAUACUUAGAAUACUUUCAUAUUUCUUUGCGUCCAUUUGUUAGUUUAAAAAAAAAUCCCUAUAAUUCAUCCAUCAAUGUCUGUAAUAUUUUUUAAUAUUUUAAGUAAGAAUUAGAAAAAAAAUAUCAAAAAAUGAUUUUGAAUGUUAGAUAAUUAGCUAGUUAGAGAAGAUCAGGAAAUAGAUAAGAAAUAAUCCAAUCUACACACUUUUGUCAAAUUAAUUUCUUUAGUGCUAACUGUAUUCAUUGUCAGCCUUCAGAUACAUUUAACACAUUAGAUAUCUUAUAAUUAUGAACUUGUUCAUCUUUAAUCAUACUGAAAUUUUCAAAAUUUUAAAUUACUGACUAGCCAACAGUGCAGACCAUGCUAAGACAGUGGGGAUGUGUCGGCUGAUCUUGGCUGGCUCUGGUCACAUGUGUAGAAUUGGGGGCUGCCACCAGGUUAACUGUAUAAGGCAAAUUACAAAUUAAGCUUGGUCAAAAGUGUGAUACCUUAAAUUUGCAAUCGUUUAUAAUUUGUCUUGAAAAGUGACUUUUAUAUUUUGAGACUUUAUCCUUCAAUUCAUGCAAAACAAUUUUUUCAAUUCGCAUACAGCAAUUAUUUUAAUCAGGUCCUAUUAUUAUUUGUAAUGGAUAUUUGUUAUAGAUAAUGAAACAUUGCAUUAGAAUAAUGUCAAACUUUGUGUGAACAUGUACUCUGUUCACGUUUGCAUGAUAUCACUCUUAAUUAUCAUAAUGUAAUUGUAAUGUACAUUGUACAUUAAGAUUUAAAAGUACUCUGAUAAUUUUCAAGAUAUGUUUCAGUUAUUACUUCAUUAUUUUUUUUGAUGCUACAAAAAUAGUGAACAUUUCCGUUAUGUAAAUGCUAUCCUAAGUUUGAACAAAGAUUUGUGUGCCAUGUCCUGAUUUGUCGAUAUUCUUAUCUAUUACUGAAGACUAAAAAAAUGUAAAAAAAAAUGGAAAAAUAGAAAUGAAAAGUAAAUUUUGUUCACGUAUCUGUAAAAUCAUGAACAUUUUAUAUCAUGUUAAAUCAUCUUUGUGUGGUGUCAUCAUUUAAAUAAAUCAUUGAAAUCUUAAAA